AUGAGAGGUUUGGAUAUAAAACGUAUUGGGAACAAGAUUUCCCAAGAAACCUGGGGGACCACUCCUGUCCCUCGAGACACGUCACUCGGUCGACUCACCAUUGAUGUCAACAUCCACAAGUCUGGUACCAUCUAUCAUGGCUCAUCGCUGGACCAAACCACCAAAGGAACCCACUAUUUGGCCGAGCGGUCUAAGGCGAUACGUUCAGGUCGUAUUCACGAAAGUGGCGCGAGUUCGAAUCUCGCAGUCUUCAUUUUAUAA